CGGGAUCCAGGACAGAGGUGAAACAGGUGAGGUGGAACAUUAAAGAGUCAGAAAAGGAUUAGAUCCAGUGGACAGAGCAGCAGGAUCCAAACAGAGCUGAAUGAGGAUCCAAACAGAACACCUGGAGCUCGCCCUGCUUCAGAAAGCCCGGAUGGAGCCCCAGCUCCAUCUGCAGCAGCUAAGACUGUGAGCUAGAACCUGUAGGACGGGGACAUGUACGUCCUGUGUACCCUCGCAGUCCUGACGCUCCACAGCCUCCUCAGGAAGCGGCUCAACAGUGAGCUGGACGGAACCGCUGAGGCUGCAGGAAAGGAGGAACAUCUGGAGGAUGGAGGCAUCUCCAAGUGCCGAAGGAGGCAAGGAGGGGCUGUGAUGGCCGAAGAGAGGCGGUGCGGCAUUGAGAACGUCUCCACAAGUGGGAGACGGGUCCAGACGGCCCAGCGGUCCAGUGCUCUGUUCAGCCCGGCGGUCAUGUUCGGAACAAGAAAGACCUGGGACAUUGGCCACGCCCCCUGCCUGCAGGAGCUCUGGAAGAAGGAUAUCUCAUUGGACGCGAGCUCUGUGGACUUCCUGAUGAGUGAUGGUGAAGAUGAAGGCUCCUUCUUGUCUCUGCCCACUGCCACCUUCUCACAGCGCCCCUCUCUGAAUGCUGAACUGAACAACACGAACUCAUCCCACCACCAGCUACUCAUCAAGAGAGUCACCUGGUCCUGCUGGUGGACCCCUGUCAAUACUCUGCAGGACAAAGUGUGUGAGUUUCAAGCUCAUUUAUGCUCUGAGGAGGUUUCCUGUCAUCAGCUCCUGCAGCAGACGGGAGGAGGAGCUCAGACGCUUCUGGAGGAGCCGUUGUUGGCCACGCCCAACCGUGGGAAGCUGCUGCAGCCAACUCAACAUUCAGAUUGUUUCAGUCGUCUAGAAGAAGAGCAGCUCGUUCUUCGGCUGCGCACACAGGUGAAGGAGCUGGAGGAGAAUCUGUUGGAUCAGACUCAGGAGGCGGAGAGACUCCGCUCUGAACUGGGGGCAACAGACCUGGAGAAGCAGCUGGAGCGGCUGCUGGUGGAGAACGAGCGUCUGAAACAGGAGCUGAAGUCAUGCAGGAGUUCAGAGUUUCAGAAGCUCGACGCUGCAGCGGGGAGCUGCAGUUGCAGCCGCUGCCCCCGCACACAGCUGCUCAAGGUUAGUCCUCCCCCUGUGUCUGCGCUGCAGGAGGUGGAGGCCCUACGUAGGGAGGUGUCCCACUGGGAGAGCCAGGCCCGGCAGAGGGAGCUGCAGCUGGCUGAGGUGGGGCAGGAGCUGCGGGAGAAGAGCUGCAGGGUGGAGGCUAUGCAGCAGCAGAUGGAUGACAGCAAGAGGCAGCUGGAGGAUUCCAGGAAAAGACGGGCCGACGGCGAGCACAAUCUCCACCUCCGUCUGCAGGAAUGUGAGGAAGAGCUGGCUAGACGGGCAGCAACGCCCCCUAGAGUCAAGUUUGUGACCCAAACGGUGGAGGUGGAGUCCGCAGACUCACAGAAAGUUCUAGUGGAAAUGCAGGUGAAAAACGGUGCCCUGCAGGAGCAGCUGUCUGUGCAGAGGCAGCUGCUGAGGGAACUGGAGACGCAGCUGCACGAGUCGCAGCGUACCUGCACUCAACUUCGGACACAGGCUGCCAGCAACAGAAAGAGCCGGUUGGAUCACAAGUUGUCCAAGAUCCAUGUCUAUGAAGGGGAGAUGCAGCGAGCUCAGGGUCAGCUGGAGGCUGAGAUGCAGAACCUAGAGGAGGAGAAGAACCGUGUGAUCGAGGAGGCCUUCAUCAGAGCUGAGAGCGAGAUGAAAGCUGUGCAUGAAAACCUGGCAGGUGUGAGGAUGAACCUGCUGAGCCUGCAGCCGGCUCUCAGGACUCUGACCUCGGACUAUAACUGUCUGAAGAAGCAGGUUCAGGACUUCCCCUCCAUGCUGGAUAAAGCCAUCUCUGAGGCCAAGCAGGAGAUCUGCCAGGUGAUCAGUGACGUGAGCAGCACCAACCAGGAGCUGCUGCGGAAAUACAAGCGAGAGAUGAACCUGAGGAAGAAGUGCCACAACGAGCUGGUCCGACUCAAAGGUAACAUUCGGGUCUUCUGCCGGGUCCGGCCUGUCAGUCAGGUGGAGCAGGACUCCGCCGACGCCAGAACUAUGCUAAGCUUCGACUCUGAUGAUGACGCCAUCCUCUACCUGUCCAACAAGGGGAAGAUCAUGACGUUUGAGCUGGACAAAGUCUUCCCACCUCAGGCUUCACAGGAGGAGGUGUUCCAGGAGGUCCAAGCUCUGGUCACUUCCUGCAUCGACGGUUUUAACGUCUGCAUCUUUGCCUAUGGACAGACGGGCUCUGGGAAAACCUACACCAUGGAGGGCAUCGGCGACAAUCCUGGCAUCAAUCAGCGGGCGCUCCGCCUGCUGUUCUCAGAGGUGAUGGAGAAGGCUGCGGACUGGGACUACAGGAUCAUUGUGAGCAUGGUGGAGAUCUACAACGAGACGCUGCGCGAUCUGCUCAGGGAGAAUCCCACCGACAAACUGGACAUCAAGAUGAAUCCUGAUGGCAGCGGACAGCUUUACGUCCCCGGACUGACCGAGAUUGUGGUUCAGAGCCCAGAGGACAUCAACAACGUGUUUGAGCUGGGUCAUGUGAACAGAGCAACGGCGUGCACCAACCUGAACGAGCACAGCUCGCGCUCCCAUGCGCUACUCAUCAUCUCUGUAUCGGGAUUCAACAGUACAACUGGAACCAGGACACAAGGGAAGCUGAACUUGGUGGACCUAGCAGGAUCGGAGAGGAUCGGGAAGUCCGGAGCGGAGGGUAGUCGACUCAGAGAGGCCCAGUGCAUCAACAAAUCACUGUCGGCGCUGGGCGACGUGAUCAGCGCGCUGCGCGGGAGACACGCCCACAUACCCUUCAGGAACUCACGCCUCACCUACCUGCUGCAGGACUCGCUGAGCGGCGACAGCAAGACCCUGAUGAUGGUGCAGGUGUCUCCGUUGCCGGACAACAUGAGUGAGUCGGUGUGCUCGCUGAAGUUUGCUCAGCGCGUUCGCAGCGUGGAGCUCAACUCUUCUUCUUUGUCCAAGAGACAUGAGAACUCGUCCACCUCGUCCUCACCCACGCAUGACAGCGUAGAGCUGGACUCUCCCCCUGUGACGCCCGUUCCCCUCCCCAUCUCGCGGGCCAGCAGCGCCGGCUCCACCCUGUCCUCGGCCUCCAGAACUCCCAGCAGCUCCCGCAGAAGGUCCCAGUCACAGCUGUCUGCAGGUCGGAGCUGUCAGAGAGACGGAGCACUGCCGCUGUCGGUCUGUCCCUCUUCCUCUGUGUCCUCAUUCUGUGCUCUGAUUGGUUGGUUUCCAGACAGCCAAGUAGACAGAGCCGGCCCGGUGGUGGGGGAUGGUGGGCAGGACGACUGAAGCUGACGGCCUGAGACUCUCUGGGGAGACGGCGGGGGGCUGGACAGCGCCCUGCAGGGUCUCUCUGCUGAGAUGCCUCCUCUGGAAUCAACAUUUCUUCUGUGAGCAGACUGGACUGUACAGAACUGGGAUCAGAAUUGAUCUGUGAACAAAAAUCCUGUAAGAUCAUGAUGAUGGUGGACUGAGACUCUGAGGACGUCUUACCUCGCUCCUGAUGUAGCAGAGAUGCUAAUGAUCCCGCUGAAGAGGAGGAGGAAUUCUCUCCUUCUGAACUGAAACCAUCUCCUCUCUCGGGUCAAUCUCAUUCCCAGUAUUCCUCCUGUUUUUGUAAUGUUGCACUUUAAUCUGAGGUUGUUUUCUAAGCAACAGCUCCCCCACGAGGCUGCUGCCUGGAGAGGCGUGCGGUUGGAAGUGUUUUUAUUUUUGGGAUUUUAGUUGAAUUUUGGAGGAGAAUCCUGAUAAUCUCUAAAUGUUCAGAUCAAAGGUUGAAUCUUAUGCCUGGUUUGGAUUCUUGUUGUGCAGUUCUUCUGUGUUCAGUUGCACCAUUCAGACACAUCAGAGUACGCUCUACCUGCCCUGUUCUGCAGCUGGAUCCAGCCAUGGAGCUGUCGAUGGUGUUUCCUGCAGAGCAGAGCUUCUUUAAACAACAGCAAACAGAAACCAUCUGAUUGUUUUUUCUAAAUGUUUUUAUUAAAGUCCUGAAUCGAG